AUGAGCUACGCCUACCAACGUGGCGCUGGCGCUUCGUCUCUCCCCCACUUUGCGCCUGCUCAAAGGGGAUCCUCGCAUACUAUCUGGCAGAUUCUGGAGAAUAUCCCUGCAAAUGCGAAAGCAUGGGUCUUGGAGGGGUUCUCGGAAGUUCGACGAACGAGGAGCGGAGCAGGCACAUGGGGUAUCACGAAAUUGGUCCUCCGGCGAUUGUUCACCUUCGCGAAUGCAGUCAUCAUUCUCUGGAUAUUCACGCUGUGGCGGGGUGAACGGACGGUAUUUCAAGAGGCUAUUGAUCGCUGUGUCUGGCAAAGCUGGGAGAAAUGGCCCCAGGGAGCCACGCCCCAUCAUGUCGCUUUCAUUGCAGAUCCUCAGCUCGUGGAUCCCCAUACGUACCCCGGCCGACCGUGGCCAUUGUCAACGUUGACAGUCAAGUACACGGACCAAUAUAUGCGCCGAGCAUUCUCCCUGAUACAAGAGCAUUUGGAACCUGACUCGGUUCUCUUUCUUGGCGAUCUGUUUGAUGGUGGACGGGAGUGGGCUACAAGCACUACGACUAGUCCCGAGGAACGAUACAAGAAAAUCAAGGAUUCAUUUUGGAAGCAAGAAUACGGUCGGUUCAUGAGGAUUUUUAUGAACCCCUGGCUGGAACAGUACACUUCUCCAGCUGACAAUCGUGGUCGUCGGUUCAUUGCGAGUCUUCCGGGGAACCAUGACCUGGGCUUCGGCAAUGGCAUCCAAGAGGCGGUCCGUCGGCGGUUCCAAAGCCACUUUGGCAUUGGCAAUCGGGUCGAUAUCAUUGGCAAUCACACGAUUGUCUCAGUUGAUACCGUCUCACUUAGUGCGAAAGACCAACCGGAUCCUUUGACGGGAAGUUCCCAAGCUAGUGAGAGUGAUGAGAAGGCGGGACAACGACCGAUUUGGAAAGACGCCGAGGAAUUUCUAGACGAUAUGGUUACUCGAAGAUCGACCGCGGAGACAGAAGAGCUUCGACAGCUUCAGAACAAGACCAAGGACAUGCUCUUCAAGCACCGCGUGGUCGAUGCUGGAGACGAAUCCGUCGAGCGGCUUCCACAGCCCAAAGCAGCUGGGUUCCCCACUAUCCUCCUCACACAUGUCCCUUUGUAUCGCAAAGCCGCAACGCCAUGUGGACCACUUCGAGAACGUCUGCCGCCCUCUGCGCCAGACUUGGAAGAAGAUGAGCCCAAUUCUCUUCGCCUUGGAGGCGGAUAUCAAUAUCAAAACGUCCUCACGCAGGCCAUCUCAACUGAAUUGGUCUCCAAGGCUGGCCCCAACAUUGUCCAAGUCUACUCUGGCGACGACCAUGAUUACUGCGAGGUUAAGCAUCGCGAAUUUAAUGGAUCGCCCAACGAGAUCACCGUGAAAAGCUUAUCUUGGGCCAUGGGCGUGCGACACCCGGGAUUCUUACUCACCAGUCUCUGGAAUCCAAUUGAUCCCAUCACGGGCCAACCUCUUGCCGAGGGAUCCUCUCCCACUAUUCAAAAUCACCUCUGUCUUCUUCCCGACCAGUUGGGAAUGUUCAUUCACUACGCCACUAUCCUCGGACUCAGCCUUGUGCUAUUGUUCGUUCAGACCGUCUACACAACCCUCUUUGCCCCCAGCUUCCCCACCUCUGCCACCGGCGCCGUCCUCCCGCUUAGCGAGAGACGCAGCUAUGGUCUCGAUCACCAGUACCAGACUUCCGGUACGUCCAGCUCCACCUUCCCCUCUGGUAGCUUGAUUGAACGUUCGGGACUUUUUCCCACGUCGCGCGUCCUCGGCGGCAAAGAUUUCAGCGAGACUUAUCGCGGUUUAGAUGACGAUGACACUGUCGACACUAAACGAAAGGGAUUCUCCCCCUCGACGGGUCCGAGUCGGGGUCCACGCGGCAAGGCUGCUUUGCUUGGGAGGAACUUUGUACGAUCUGUUCGCUUUGUGGCGGUGAUUGUGCUGAGUGUUUAUUUUAUCCUGAUCUGGCGCUGGUAG